AUGAGUGAUCAAAUAUUAGAGAAAUCAUCAACGAAAUCAGAAAUCAAUUUAACUUUUCCUGACCAAUAUAGUAUUCCAACAUUGCCAAAUGCUUUGCUUCAAGAUAUAGAAGCUGGUGCAAUUCACAAGUUUGCACCACACCAUACUAAUCGUCAAGUACUCAUUGAUACAAUAGCUCAUGAUUUAAUAAACAAUUUCAAUCUCUUUUAUCCUACUCGUAAACAAUUUGACGAUAUAGGUACAGCUAUUGUUCGUAAAUUAAAAUUGCCAUUAACAAAAGACAAUGUUGGAAUUUGGAAAGAUGCUAUUCAAAUUAAACUGAAACGAAAACGUUUUGAAAAUCGAGAUAAUGAAGAAGUAAAAGCUUAUCAGUCGAAGUAUUCAAGAUUUGGAUCUGGGCGGCCAGUGAAAAAAAUGAUUGGUGAAGUUGCUGAACGAGAUCGACAAAAACAAAUAAUGUUGGUAUCUUACGAUGAUGAUACAUUAACUGUUAUUCAAAAUAAAGCCAAAAAGUUACGUGAUGAUCCUCAACUUGAUCUUAAUAUUCGACUUCAAUUAUGGAAAGAAACUCUGCAUGUUAGACGUAAAGCUGUUCGUAAUCAAACAACGUCAGAAAUUCUUGAAGAAUUUCCUGGAUAUAAAGACCCAGUGUUGAUUUUUGAAGAAGUAAAGAUGAUGAUAGGUGCUGAUUUACGUGCUGUCGUACGUCGUCAAAUACCGAUUUUACUUGAAAGGAUUAUUGCAACACCUGCUUUUAUUACAGAUUCUCCACCAAUACAACUUAUUCGUGUACUUUGUCGCCAAUUCGAUGAAUCAAUUCACCAUUUAUAUUGCAAUACAUCACCAUCAAGUCCAUAUCCAUCAAUGGUGUUUACUGAUAAUGCAAUCACUAUAUAUACAGAUUUUCUUUCAAUCGUUUCAACAACAUCACCUGAUGAUGGUUUAGCACUUGUACUAGCAAUGUAUGUCGUGUUCGAACUAAAUUUUCCUAAAAAUGGUCGAGCAAUACGAUUUUUAUAUGCAAUCAUGUUUGGUGAUACAAGAUAUUUGUCGAAUAAAAUGCGUACUCUAAUCAAGGAAAAAAAUAUUGAAAUCUAUACUGAACAAAAUCGAAAAAUCUUUGAAAAUACAAAUUUGAUUUCAAAUAGUCACUCAGCUGUUAGUAAUGAUACCCACUCUUCAUCACAAGCUAGUUCUAAUUUAUCAUCUACUCCACUUGAAGAUGUUUAUCCAUUACAUACUAAUAAUUUAAACAUCAAUACUACUAUUACAUCUACAGAGCCCGACGAUAUGAUUCGAAAAUCUUCAUCAAAUGUUGAUUGUCAAAAACAAUCUGAACAUUUUUCAAAAAAAGUCGUAAAGAAAAAAACAUUAACAUGUAAUAGUGAUGAUGAUUCACAAGAUGGUAUUAAUUCUUUAGAUGAAAAUUUACAUGUUGGUACUCGUCAGAAGACUAAACGAAAACGUCGUUACUAA